AUGGGGGCAGGCGGCAGCACCCUCGGGGAGACAAUUCUCUUCCCCUCCCCUGAAUGCUCUUACGACGAGUUGCUGCCGGGUCUUCUGUGGAUUUCGGAGUCUCUUGCUGCUCCCAGCAGCGGCCCGUCCCCGGCGCGGUCCUCUCCUGCUGCUGCUGCUGCUGCUCCUGCUGCUGCUGCUGCUGCUGCUGCUCCCAUUGACUUCGAGGUGCAGCGAAACCGCCACAGCAGCAGCAGCAGCUUCCCCGCCUGCUUCAUUCCCGCCCCCAGCGGCAAGGCCAAAUAUGUGCUGCUCUACUGGCACGGCAAUUCCUGCGACUUGGGGCACAUAAGAGAAGAGCUGGAGAUUCUGGGGGCCUUUUUGGAGUGUCACUGUUUGGCUAUAGAGUACCCUGGGUACGGGCUUGCUGCAGCAGCAACGCCAGCAGCAGCAGCAGCAGCAGCAGCAGCAGCAGCAGCAAACAGCGGCAGAAGAGUCCGCGCCAGCGUCAGCGACACCAUCAACUUGUGGGGCCGAGCUGCUUUUAAUCUUCUUCUCUCUUUGGGAGUUUCUCCCUCCAACAUCAUUUGCUUCGGCAGAUCUAUUGGCACAGGCCCUGCUGCUCACCUUGCUGCUGAGCUUUUGGCGGAGGGGAUUUUGGUGGGGGGUGUGGUGCUGCAUGCGCCUUACAUUUCGGUGCACAAGAUAGUUGCAGAGUACGCGGCGUUUGGGACUUGGCUGAUAGGGGACUACUGGAGCAACAAGGAGUCUCUGUCGAGUUUGUCUCCGUGGACUCCCUUGUUGAUAAUCCACGGACUUGAAGACGAAAUAAUUCCUUUUCAUCAUGGAAAGUAUCUUUUCGAAAACUACGGAGCCACCGAAGCUGUCAAGGCUGCAGCCUUUCCCGCGGACUCCUCCCACAACGCCUACUACGUCAUCGACGUCCGACCUGGGAAAGCCCAUGAAGGAAUUCUUGAGCACAAAAGCCAGGGGGAGAGAAACAGCUCCUUUUGA